CACUUCGAUAUGGUCGAAUGAGAGUUCUGUGAUAUGUUAUAUUUGUAAAGAGGUUUCCCAGAAAGAUAUUUCGUACGACGUACGUCCUUGUCGUCUGGUUGGUGGAAAGAUGGCGAAGGCUGUUUCUAAUUUGGUGCAGAGGGCUCCAAUAUGGGCUAGAGAAUAUGCACAGCCCCGGUUCCAGACGUUCCUGAAAUAUGCCCGUGUUGAGUUGACACCACCAACUCCUGGCGAAUUCCCACAAGUUGCUAGUGGCAUACAGAAACUGCUCAGCGGUGCACGAACUGGACGAUGGAAGCAGCUGACUGUGAAGGAAGCGUGGCUUAAUACUCUUGUCACUGUGGAAGUUUUAUGUUGGUUCUUCGUUGGAGAAUGUAUAGGAAAACGGCACAUUGUUGGUUAUAAAGUGUAAUUCCAAGCACUAUACCUGAAGUACAUGUAGUUGUAAAUUAUAAAAUGUGUAUUAAAACUCUGUAAAAUAAUUGCUUGUCAUAGUAUGAACUAUACUUGAGAGGAUUGUGGAGAAUUGAAAGUUUGUGGUUACAGAGUAAUUGGUUGCAUAGGUACAGAAUGCACUAUGACACUUACUUUAAGAAUUGUGAAAUAUUUUGAUUUGGAGUGAGCAGUUAUGGAAUACUGAUGGAUAACAUUUUGUGAAAUAAAUGUUUCAGUACAAAAAGUG